AUGUUGGUAAAUAAUGUCAGAACAUUUAUAUCGAAUUUGAAUUCAAAACAUGAUGAUGAUUCGACUGAUCGUCUCAAUUACGUUAUUACUAAUUACAUCUUACUAGUAUGUGCUUCACUCAUAUUCGCAAACAACUAUGUAGGCGAACCGUUGCAAUGCUGGGUACCCAAGCAAUGGAAUGGAGUUUGGGAAAAAUUUUCGGAACAAUAUUGCUUUAUUGAAAAUACAUAUUUUACUUCAAUGAAUGAUACUAACUUACCUGCUGAACAUAGGCGAGAAGACAAAGAAAUGAUUUAUUAUCAGUGGGUUCCUUUCAUUCUUGUCUUAAUGGCUCUCUUCUUCUAUCUUCCACGUGCUGUUUGGAACAUCUUUUCACGUUAUUCAGAUUUGGCUGUUUCCGACAUGAUGAAUGCUGCCAGACAUUCUGCCAAAAACCUCAACCAGGAUGUUCCAUUCAAAGUUAUGGCUACCAGAAUAAACACUUGUAACAGUCGUCCAGCUCCUGUAAGCUCAUUACGUUAUAACAGCUCUCUCUUCAAUUUGUACAUUAUCGUAAAAACUAUGAUUUUCCUUAACCUAUUCAUUCAAUUCUUCUUCUUGAAUCGUUUCUUAGGAUCCCCUUACUACUUCUGGGGAUGGGGAGUUUUAGGAGAUCUUUGGGCUGGCCGUCAAUGGCAAGAGAGUGGUCACUUCCCUAGGGUAGCAUUUUGUGAUUUGACUGUUAGAGAGAUGGGUAAUGUAAACAAAUGGACAAUCCAAUGUGUUCUUAUGAUUAACAUGUACAACGAAAAAAUUUUCUUUGCCAUCUGGUGGUGGAUGAUGUUCCUUUUGAUCAUUACUGGUGUCAAUUACUUGAGCUGGUUAAUCAGAAGAUUCUCAGUAGUCAAUCGUCGUAGAUUCCUUCAUGCCUUAUAUAGCUGUAUCUUCGAUAAUGUAACCGAUGAGAAACGCAUAGAUUACUUCUAUAGUCAAGUUUUAAAGAACGAUGGUGUCUUCAUUCUUCGUCUACUCGAUGCUAAUGCUGGCCGUAUCCACUCUUCAACAUUAUUCGAAGAAAUUUGGAAGUCUCAUGAAUCUACCUCAAUUGCUCCAGACGAAGAAUCACACGAUGAUAAUGAGAAAGGACAUCUCAUAACGAAAUAA